GGCCUUCAUUGUCUGGCUGGCGAAUGGCGAGACUAUUCGUGUCUAUAAAAUGACCAAGAAGGAUGAUGGCAGCUUCACCUUCACUGCGACUUCCGGGGACUUCCCGAAGAAGCACAAGGCUCCUGUCAUCAACAUCGGGAUUGCAGAGACAGGAAGAUGUGCCUUACUCCAAGCUCAGUUUGUGGCGUCCUGCGGCUUUACCCCUGCUGUGAAGGUGUGGGAGGUGUGUUUCGGCAAGAACGGAGACUUCCGAGAGGUGACCAGGGCUUUUGAGCUGAAAGGCCACGCCGCUGGCGUCCAUUCCUUCGCCUUCUCGAACGACUCACGGAGGAUGGCGACCGUUUCGAAGGACGGGACGUGGAAGUUCUGGGACACGGACGUGGAAUACAAGAAGCAGCAGGAUCCCUACCUGCUGCUGACGGGGAGGUGCGAGGUGGCGGAGCCUUGUCGCAUCGCCCUGUCCCCCGACGCCCGCGUCAGGGCGGCGGGGAGCCAGCGGCGGCAGUGCCGGGAGCUUUCCCUGGCCGUGUGCGCGCUGCUGAACUCCGGCGGAGGAGUGGAGGGGAUGGAGAGCGAAGAGGAGGGUUACCGCUUCCAGGAGCACGGCGUGGGGCUGGACAUAGAGCAGAGCCUCAGGGCCUGCGUCGACGGCGCCGAGACCGGCGACUACUUCACGUGGAUGCAGCAGCGGGGUCGCUUGCUGCUUUUCAGCGGGGACGGGCACCGUGAGGAGAACGGGCCAAGCGCCGAGAAAGCUCUGCGGGGUUCCGGUGGCGGGGCGAAGGAGGCCCCUCUGAACACCCAGGAGCGCGACGUCCAAGCUGCCGCUGCCAGGUUUCUGGAGAGAGACAAGCUGGUGGCUGGGGAGGUCCUGGGUUUCGCAGAGACAACGCACAUUGAGUUUAAGAACUUCCCUACGGAGAAUAUCUUGGAAUACAUGAGAAAAAUUCUUCCGAAUUACGUCUCCGCCUUUGCAAACACUGAGGGCGGGUAUUUAUUUUUUGGAGUGGAUGACACCAGUAAAGUCGUCGGGAGCCACAGUGCGGUGGGGAAGGAAGCUUUAGAGAAAACAGUGGCUGACACCGUGGGCUCGAUGCCCGUCCAUCACUUCUGCGGCUCGCGGGCGGGGGUGCGGUUCAGGACUCGCACCCUGGGCGUUUACGACGGCGCGGGACGCCGGCAGGGCUACGUCUGCGCCAUGCGGGUCGAAGCGUUUUGCUGCGCUGUUUUCCACGAUAUCCCCAAGUCUUGGAUCACGACGGGCGACAGGAUCGAAAGGCUGAGCGUCGGGAAAUGGACGGAGCUGAUGACGGACGCGGACCCAGAUCUUUCAAAUCUGGCUGAUAAAUUUGAGAAGGAGCUCAGCUUGGCAAAUGGUCCUCCCCUUAUCAAACCAGUUUAUUCCAAAGCUGGUCUCCAGUGUGCGUCUGAACUCCAGGAGUGCCUCUACCCAGCGGGUUCUAAUAAAAUCAAUUGGAAGCCAGAAACCAUCUGCGCAGACCUGUUCUCAGAGUAUCCUGGAUUAGAGGACUUAAUGAAAAGCCAAAUCUAUCCCUUGAACAAGGGGGUACUGAUAUUUUCGAGGAGCUGGGCUGUUGACAUUGGAUUGCAGAGAAAAAAGGAUGUGGUGUGUGAUGUUCUCUUAGUAGCUGAAAAUGAGUAUCCAGUACUGUAUACUGUAGUCAAGGACGCCUCUUCUGCUGAAUCUGAAAACUCGAGAGAAACUGCGUAUGCAUUAAAGCAGAAACUAGUCAAUGAGGGAGGAUACGCUUCAAAAGUGUGCGUGAUUCCCCGCAUACUGCACCUGAAUGGCACAAAGAACCAGAUGGAAGUUGCAGAGGAUGAUGUUCCCCAGCAAGAAAACCAAGAAAACCCGUGUGAUUACGCCAGCUUGUACCCAGAGAAUUACGUCCUCACCUCCAGGGACAUCCCGGCGUUCCUGCGUGCGCUGGUGAUUGUUGUGCUGCGCUUCAGGUCCUACUUAAGUGACCACCUUGGCUCUGAGAUUUUCAGCCUUCUCACUGUCCGGCAGUACGAGCUGCUCUCCAAGAACCUGCGCAAAGCCAAGGAGCAGUUUGUCCUUGGUCUUCCUGGAACAGGGAAAACAAUUGUGGCUUUGAAGAUCAUCGAGAGAAUAAGAAACACUUUUCACUGUUCUGCAAAAGAGGUACUGUACAUCUGUGAAAAUCAGCCCUUGAAGAAGUUUGUGGGAAAUGAGAUCUGCCAGUCUGUGACACGUGUGGCCUUCUUAAACGGGAACUUCCCCGAAGUGAAACACAUUGUGGUUGAUGAAGCUCAGAAUUUUCGUCCUGAAGAAAACUGGCACCAAUGCGCCCGGGAGCUAGUCAGGAAGAAAAGUGGCAUUUUCUGGAUCUUCCUGGAUUUCUUCCAGUCCACUCACCCAUAUGGUUGCGGUCUUAAGUUUUCAGAACUAUAUCCUCAGGAAUGGUUGACCAAAGUGGUCCGUAAUGCCAAGCGAAUAUCCAAUGUCAUGUUUCAUGUAAUGGAGGAAAUCCUCCGGGAGCGUAACACAGAUAUGCCCUACGAGGUGCUGGAAGAGUUGUUUAAACAGGCUGAAUGUGCCCAUUCUUUGCCAGGUGACUACAUCAUAAAAAAGAACAUGGGGACAUUGGAAAUGGCAGAGUACGUGACCAGGCAGUGCAGCAGCUACAUCCAGCAAGGCUACCCCGUCAGAGAUAUCGCAAUCCUCUGCAGCACGCAGCACGCGGCCCAGGCCUUCGCUCAGAUACUGGAACCCAAGCUAAGACGACAAAUAAGGAAAUUCAGGGUGGGGUUGGUCUUGGGGCUAGCGGAGAGUGUUUCAGAAAACGUCAUUGUUCUUGACAGCAUCCGACGCUUCUCAGGCCUCGAAAGGAGGAUUGUGUUUGGCAUCCACCCCGUCCCUGCACAGAAGGAGAUCUCUCUCCAUCUUUUGCUCUGCGUGGCAUCCAGAGCCAACACCAAACUCCAUUUGCUGUAUCACAGAGAAGAGAUGUUCUUAAGAGACCCAUCUUUAGACAACAGUUGA